UCUUCUGGUUACAGUGUGCCAAGCCUGGCCACAUUGCCCGCAACUGCCCCGAGUCGUUCGGCUCCGGCUCUGGCAAUUAUGGAGGUGGUUUUGGCGGCGGCUAUAACGGAGGCGGCGGCCAAGGUGGCAAGACCUGCUAUUCUUGUGGUGGUUAUGGACACAUGUCUCGCGAAUGUGUCAAUGGCAGCAAAUGCUACAACUGCGGCGAGAAUGGCCAUUUCUCCCGCGACUGCAGCAAGCCUUCAUCGGGUGGAGAGAAGAUCUGCUACAAGUGCCAGCAGCCUGGACAUGUCCAGUCUCAGUGCACCAACUAAGCAGAGUCACCAUCAAGAUACCUCGAGCUAUUUCUGCGACGCGAUGACUUCAGUGCAAAUUCAAUUUCUUCUCGACAAGUUAUGAAGGUGGACGGCAACCGUGGCCUUUGGGAUGGUUGCCAGAGCAGUGGAUGAUUGGGAGGGUCAAUCUCUGAUAAUCUUCGACAAAAACCCUUUGUAUAUUCUCUUAUGGGCACCCUUCGCGAAAAAGGGCUGGUUUAUUAUGGCAGGUCGUGAUUUGGUAAACUCGAGUGAUCUUACUUGGUCGGACUUAUGGCACAUCGGAAAACAAGGGGGGAAAUCUGGCCUGGACCCGGAAAA